CAGGAAGUGACGUUCGGAGCGGGAGAAAGGGUCAGGCCGCAGGGAGGAGAUUAUGGUGAUAAAGGAGGGGUGCAUGACGUCACGGCGGCCAUUACAGCUCGCAGGAGAGGCUGGGAAGCAGUGAGCCGGGGCUUCGAAACCGUCGUGGACACUACGUCCGUAUAAUCAUCGCGGUUUCCCCGUGCUGUGACUCCUCGCAACCCCCCCCUAGUAUCUCAGCCUCGAUUGGUCGGAAUUUGUCACAAUCCGAUCCAAGAGCCGGUUCGGUUAGAAGCUGCAUCGGUUUUUUUUUUUCCUGUCAUCGCUAUCGAGGCUUUCUUUUAAUCCACCUAUUGGUCGCCGCUAGCCGCCCUACAGGGGCCCUCCGGUGCUUAGCCGCCGGACAGCAGAUACCUCAACAUGGACGAGAAGGCAUUUACUAAGGAGUUGGACCAAUGGAUCGAACAGCUCAACGACUGCAAGCAACUGACAGAGAGCCAAGUGAAGACUCUGUGCGAGAAGGUGAGGGCUGGAUGAGGGGCAUUGUAUGACGUCUGAGAUGGGAGCAUGGUAUAAGGGCUGAGGAGUGGGGGUGAGGCCAGGCACUUUAUAAAGCCAGUGGUGGGAAGGGUUAACCGGUUACACGGUGUGACUAUGUUGCUAUGGCCUGUGGAUUACGUGGGCUCAUUCAUUCCUACUCUAGUUAUUCAUUAUAAAUAACCAUCACCUAAACUGAUGUUUUACAUAGGUUGCAAUGCAUGACUGUGCAUUGCAGGGCCCUGUGUGCACGGAUAUCCCCUUUGACUCUCCAUAGGCUUGCUCUCCUUAUUCUCUGACUAACUUAUCUCAGUAGUGUUGUUCUCAUCAUGUAUACAUGUUCUGUCAGGACAGCCCUGGUCGUCUUAUAUCCACUCUAAAUCAUUGCUUUAACUGCAUUCCUCACUGCUCCCAUGGGAAUCUAAUGUUUGCGCAAUUUAACCAGCAAUUUGAAUCUGUCUUAAAAUAACUUGACGGAAACCAAAUGGCACUAGCGCUAAAUCCAUGUUUUUUAGUUCGUUUGCUGCCCUGUACCAGUCCGUCGAUUAAGUCUAAUUUAGAUAGAGUUAACAGUGAUACAUAAAACUAUUUAGAUUCGUUCAAACACGCACAACACAAUACGGAGUGAUUCAGGUACGCUGCUUUUAUAACCCCCUCACUAUUGUUAAUUGAUCAUUAGUAUUGAAAUUAUCGCUUUCCUGUCUGGUAAUUGACUACUUUUGUGUGCGGUCAUCUAACCACUUAAAAUCGUGGUGAUAUCAUCACAUAAGUAGGAAAUUAUUUAUUAAUCAGUUGGCAUUUAUUAUAUAUCACGUAUGGGUUCCGGGUGUCUAAUGAUGAUGGGAUUUGCACACCAGGGAUUUUUUUCUCUUUGGUGCAGUUACAUUAGUCGCCGCUUUCUAACUGUCCCAGUGUGUCAUUCCUUAUUCUGAUAUGUAGUAUUAUAGUGGCGAUUAUCCCCUUUUGCCUAUGUGGAAUGCAUUUCACACGAUCCUCAGCCAUCAUGGGUAGCAAGUAUAUAUCGCUGCUUGAUUGUUAGCAGAGUAUCCUAAAAUAGCUCAAUUUUAAUUAAAUUAAUGUGCUACUCCAACUCUCAAUACUUGGUAAAAGUAUGGUAGGAGAUGUAGUUAGUGUUAGUGUCACUACCUGUUCUCCAGGUUAGCGUCCUGGUGUGGGGUUAGCAUUCCUUUGAUUUGGAGUGCUAGCUCUCAUUGUUGGCAUCCAUCUUUUUCGUAUACAAGGUAAUAUGUAAAUUGCGUUACUGGGGUUUCUAUCAGCCAAUAAAAUUCUUUCCUCGGUGUGAUUUUUACCAGUUUAUGGAUGAGCUUUUAUUUAGAAUGCCUAGAAACCGUGCUGUAGGUAUAAUAAUGGCAUGUUGGCAGCAGCGGCACCUAGCAACACAGGGCACAGUGACACUGGAGUUCUAUGGGUCCUAUCGUUAGGGCCCCGGGUCGGUCAGCAGGGCCCAUUUAUUAUGUAGAAUAGAUGUUCCCAAUCCAGUAUUCAAGGCAACCCCUACAGAAGGAUUUAAGGCAUUUCUAAUUGUGUUGCUAGACUAGGUCUGCCAUCUAGUGUGCGAGAAUUGACUUGGUGAACGUUCCUCCUGGAUGCCCUGAUCUAUUUAUAUAGCGGCAACAUAUACUCAGUUUCCAAAUACAUGUUGAAAUGGACCCUCUUGCAGUUGGCAAGACAUUUAUAGUGAGCGAUGUGGGAACCAUCCCUGUAUUGGCUGUAUUCUGUGACCGGUUCACUGACUUCCAGUGAGUUCCGGCAUUGCUGCUGUUAAGGAGUACAAUCACAACACAUAGACCUCAAUGCAGUGAGUUCCUCCGGAGCAUUGAUUCGGAACUAAUGAAUCGGUUCGGAUCCGGGGAAUUUAAUUACUGCCGGCACCUGUAGGGUUAACCCCCGGAGUGUGAGAGCUUAUCCUGUGUAACACGGCCCUGGCUCUCCGAGGGUUAAACCGCUUACCGUGAACGGCCCGAUGGAGAUGAUCUCAUUAGUCCGAUAGUAUUAUAGUAUUGCACAGUAGGCGGGGGUAGUGUACUUUGCUAUCCGAGAAAUAUUUCUCCUUGUGUUCAUGGCUGCGGCGGUUCCUAAGAUGGCGGCUCCAGCCCCUCCCUAUCGCACGUACGUCACCUCCCUAUUGUUCGUCACGUUCUUAACUCCUUACCUUCUGGGUGAGCGCUCAAGGCUUAUUCAUUAACCCCUUAAGGGCUGAGCCAGUUGUACACAUUAUGAUCAAAACUUAAACAAAAAUUGGAAUUUGCGCUAUAUGUCUGUGCAACCAUAAUUCACCUAUUUCAUAUUAAAGGAACACUAUGUAUUCCAGACCCUAUAGUGUCAAACCCACUAUUUAGGUGUUUUGGAAAGUUACAGGGUUAAAUAUAGUGCUUGCAAAUUUAAUUUUCUGGACUUUCUGCCUGGGUUGUCAGGCAGGUCCCUCAAAUUGUGAUCAAUAAAAUUACUUAUGUGAAAAUAUUAUAUAAAUAUGCACGUAGAAUUUAAAUAUUUAUACAUAUUUAUUUAUUUGAAGUCUACAUGUAUAUUUAUGAAGUUAUUUAUGUAAUUAUGUGUAUGGGUAUAUUUAUAUAUUUUCUGUAUUUAUAUAUACAUAUAGAUAUAUUUCAUUCUAAGUGUAUUUUCAUAUGGAUAUAUAUAUCUAUAUCUCAAAAUACACUUAGAAUGAAAAUAUAUAUAUAAAAAAUUUUUUUUUUUAGAAUAUAUACGAUAUAGUUGUGUGUAAUGUUGUUCUGUGUAUUUUUAUAUUAAUAUAUGUAUAUAUUAAAAUAAUAAACUUAGUAUGACAUUAUAUAGAAGAUAUCUAUACAUAUUAUAUAGAUAUAAACAUAGAAUGUGACGGCAGAUAAGAACCAUUCGGCCCAUCUAGUCUGCCCAAUUUUCUAAAAACUUUCAUUAGUCCCUAGCCUUAUCUUAUGGUUAGGAUAGCCUUAUGCCUAUCCCAUGCAUGCUUAAACUCCUUUACUGUGUUAACCUCUACCACUUCAGCUGGAAGGCUAUUCCAUGCAUCCACUACCCUCUCAGUAAAGUAAUACUUCCUGAUAUUAUUUUUAAACCUUUGUCCCUCUAAUUUAAGACUAUGUCCUCUUGUUGUGGUAGUUUUUCUUCUUUUAAAUAUAGUCAAUACAGGGCUCGACAAAUCUCCGGUCACCAUGGCGACCUGGAAAUUUGUCUUUGGCCCUAGGAUUUGGAUCAGGCGAAUGGUCGGCUCAUUGAGCCAGGACACAGGCGGCUGAAUGAGGGAGGUGGACCGCUGGCGCUUUAAUUUCCCUGCUCACGCUCCUUUGCGCGCCCUCCAGUGAUGCCAGGAGCCGGAAUAUGAUGUCAUUCCGGCUCACUAAGCAGCGCUCUAGGGAGCAGAGAGAUGACAGCAGCCCAACUGGAUCCCAGGGAAAACUAAUCCACUCCAGCUUUCUCAAAGGUAGGAAGGCUUGGUGCAUUUAAAAUAUAAUUAAUGAUUUUUGAGUGGGAAAUAAGUGUGUGUGUGUCUCUAUAUAUUUAGGUGACCUGACCCCACUCCAAUCACAUUAAAAGGGUGAUACUCACCCUUUUUCCAACGCCAUGCUGGUGAUGCCGCGGCUGGCCCCACCUCCCUAUGCAGAGCAUUAAUGUAGGUGCUGCACACUGUGCAGCACUGACCCGGGAAGCAAUUCUAGAGGCUGUAAGAGUGACUUGCACUAGAGGUGUUACCAGACAGCAAUGUAAACCCUGCCUUUAGUCUGAAGACUACAGAACAGCUACAUUAAGCUGUAGUGGUUCUGGUGACUAUAGUGUCCCUUUAAGAAUUGUAUUUUUGACAUUUAAAAAUCUGGCUCCUAGAUUUCAAGCAAAUUUGUUAAUCCCUUAUAUUGAAAUUAUAUUUUACUCCUUGUGUGUUAUGACCGGUAAAUCAGAACACUUAAUGGAACACUAUAGUGUCAGAAACACAAAUGUACACUAUAGUGUUAAACUAUUUAGGUGCCCAGCCUAUUUAUGGAGCUUUUGCGCCCCCCGGGCCGGUGCACAUAAUGGCGGCCACCUUAUGGCCGCGCCAGCCCACCUCAUCGAGAUUACCAGAGAUUAUCGGCCCAUAAUAUCGACAAAACAGAUAAUCUGUCGAUCCCUACUAUGUGUGUGUGUAAAUAUUUGUAUAGUACGUGUUCUCACAAAACCUAAAGUAUAAAUUGUUGAAUCAAACUUUGACCUCCCAAACCCACACACACUGCAACACACAAUCCCUGACCCACAAAGUUGUUCUGAUAUACACACUCUAAUACACACUCAGACCUAUAUACACCCAUUCUACAUCUGACCCACGUAUUGUACAGCCCCAUUACAUCCUUCAUAUUAUGUGCAGUCUUCAUAAUCCUUCCGUUUGUCCCAUUGACUUUUCUUUCCUCAAUGCACAGUGUCGGUUGCCAGGAUGACAUGCUCUAUCCUGGCAGUCGUCAUCUCUCUUGGGCAUGUUCUGUACGUCAGGUGAUAUAAAUUCCACACCCCUGGUGUGAAAUGUACUUUCAGAUGAUAAGAUUUUUUAGUAACUUCUUCACUGCUUUUUCUUACAUAUGUAGCCAUUGUGACUGAGUUGUUGUUUUUUUGUUCUUGUUGGCAGACUUAAAGGCCAACAGUCAUCAAAUUUUCAAUUGUUUCACUUCUGUUAUUGCUCUAUGUGAAAAUGCAGCUGCAUGUUUUUAAAAUUGUAUAUUUUUUUUAUUUACAGUACAUGUUCUGCUAAAUAGAAAGGGGAACAAUAUUGUGUGAAUACGUUUAUGUAAUGUUACCUUUGCAAAGCUUCCAUGCAUGUUCAGGUUUAGAUUUGCCGUACACCAGUUUAACCUCUGUAUUACUUGCUAUUUUCCAGGCAAAAGAAAUUUUGACAAAAGAAUCCAAUGUCCAAGAAGUGAGAUGUCCAGUCACAGUAUGUGGCGAUGUUCAUGGACAAUUUCAUGAUCUUAUGGAAUUGUUCAGAAUUGGAGGGAAGUCGCCAGACACAAACUAUUUGUUCAUGGGAGAUUAUGUGGACAGAGGAUACUACUCAGUGGAAACCGUAACACUACUUGUAGCACUUAAGGUAAAUAAAUGUUCAGUCUUCUAAAAUCUAAAUCUUAACUAUUUUUCCCAUAUGUAUACUUAUUGACAAUUCAAAUUCUCUUAAAUUCAGUCACCCAUGCAGACAUUCAUAAGCAAGCUUUACUUUACUUGUGCUAUUGCAUACAGUGGAAAAAGAAACAUUGUUAAUUAUAUUAGACUGGCCCCACAGGUCAGAACGAAAAUUACCAGAAGGUCUGUGCAUGAGAAAAAGAGCAAGACAGAUUAUUGCUUCCUGCCUCUUGUAGGUCUCGUCAUUGAUGUAUAGAGAAAGGGGUCCACCUUGGUUGUCCUUUUAGUAGAAAUAACUGAAGGUCUAAAUGUCUUGUUUGACUGAAUUACAACCAUGAAACAGUGUUAGAAUUGUCAUCUAACUUGGGCUAUGCAGUAUGCAAUAACAGUAUACUAUGACAUGUUCACUUUAACGAUUUUAAAUUAUUUCCAUUAACCAGUCUCCUGCUGAGUAUCAAUCAAAAACAUUUUUAUUUUUUAUUAAGCAUUUAUACAGUACAAGGAAUACAAUGUGCUCCAUUAAAAGGAACUGGCAAGGUAUAACAGGAGUGUGAAUAGGUACAUUCAGAGUGAUACAUCGGCUAGUAUGCUGCAACACAGUGUAUUUAACCACGUAGUGUACUUCUCUUAUCACUCUUGUUCUAGGCAUAACAGGGGUACAAAACAUCAAGGUCUGUAUAUACACUCCACUUAAAGUAAACUUAAAAGGGAUAAGUACCAUUGGAAUGAUAAUUUUGCUUAGAUUUAGGCUUAAUGCCUACUCAUGUAAGGCCUGUGACUAGGACAUCGCGGGGGUCAAUCUCAGUGUAUGUCUUUGUCUGUUUCCAUAAAUCGUGUCCAGGGUGACAUUAGUGUGUAUAGGGUAUAUUUAUGUGUGAGUGAGUAGUGUAGUUCUUCCACUAGUCUGAUGUUAUCGACCCUUAGUAUCCAUUCACUGAUCGAGGGGGUUAGUUUGUUUUUCCACUUUGUUGGGAUCAGGAGGUUCGCUGCCAUUAAGAGGUGAGAAGUCCGCAUAGCUUGUGGUCUCGCAAUUCCAGAUGGGGUUAGGAGAAAUAUUAGUGCUUCAGGUGUGAGCGGGAGUGUAGUGCCUGUGAUUAAUUUGAUAGUAUUCGCUAUUUUCUAUAGUCAUGUAUAAUUGGGUAUGACCACCAUAUGUGUGCUGUUGUGGCUGGUGUAUGUGUGCAUCUCCAGCAUUCAUCAGGUGUAGUAACGUACAAUUUGUGUAAUUUGGCAGGCGUGUAAUGCCACCUUAUUUCUUUUGUAGUUGCUCUCCUGUAUAGAGUUGCUGAAGGAUGUGGUAUGUGCUUUAAGCAAGAUUUUUUUUUUUUUUUUUUUCCAAGUCUGUAAUCGUUACAGGGGUCCCUAAUUCUGUCGCCCAGGUCGUUGUGACCCCUGGAAGGGAUUCAGUCUCCUCCUGUUGGGAGUAAGUUGUAGAGUGCAGAGAGGUGUUUGUUUAAUGUCUCGAGUUUCCCAAUGGGAUUCAAACUUAGAGAGGGGAUGAGAGAGCCAGAGGAGUGUUUCAUCUGAGCGAAGAUAGUGGGUUAUGGGAGUAUUGAAACAUAUCCAUUAAUGUCGUCUGCGUAUCUGGCAACAAUGUAGUCAGCGGUGUUGGGGACCCAUUGGAGAUGACGUCUUGUAAGGUGAGAUGUGUCGUGGAUCUAUUGGGUUGAAGAAAACGUGCAUGGGACCCUGGUAUAAAGGAUGGGGUUUUGUCAGAGGGUAUAGUGGGGAAGGGUUAGGUGAAAGUGUGGGGGAUGUUCUGACCAAGCCCCACACCUUCUGGGUUGGUGUUAUCGUCAGGUGGUUAGUAGCCUGUGUUGUCUGUAAUGCCCAAACUUUGUCCUGCCAGGGAACCGUAUGUAGUGGAAUUUUUUUUAUUUUCAAUCAUCUGCCACGGUUUGUGAGGUGGUGGUGCCGUCCAUUGAUGUAGUCUGUGCAGGAUGACCUCUCUAUAGUACCUCUCCAUGUCCGGGAGCCCGAAGCCUCCCUGUUUUUACCGUCUAGUUAAUAUAGAGUAUCUGAUCCUCAGUUGGUUGUUUGACCAAAUAAAUUUGGAGAGUAACGGUUUUUAAGUGUAGAAAAUAAUGUUUUUGGUAUUGUACUGGGAAAAACUUGGAGCAUAUAUAGAAUUUUCGGUAAAGCGUUCAUUUUUAGGAUAUUUAUCCUGCUUAGCCAACCAAAAUGCAAUUUAGCCCAAGAUAUAAGGUCUUGAGAAAUCGCGCGAAGGAGGGGGUUUUUAAUUAAGGUCGUAUAGGAUCGAUAAAUCCUUGAAGAUACACCCCCAAAUAUUUGAUAGCUCUGUCUGUCCAUGUGAAUUGGAAUUGUGCUUUAAAGUUCGUUGUAGUAUGUGAGUGUAGAUUUAGGGGGAGAAUUUUGCUUUUGAUGAAAUUUACUUUGAAGUUUGAUAGGUUAUUAUAUAGCUCAAUCUCCAACAGUGGGAUCAUAGAUUUGCUUGGGUUUAAUAUUGUGAACAAAAGGUCAUCGGCAACGCCGAUACCUUAAAGAAGGCCUUAGUUGUGAUGGCCAAGAAUUUAAGAGGGUGAUCUCUGAUUCCCUGAAUGAAUGGUUCCAGAAUCAAUAUAAAUAGUAACUGGGAGAGAGGGCACCCUUGCUUCGUUCCAUUACGGAUUUUUACUGGAUCAGAUAGUUGACCAUUGAUCCUGAUUUUCGCCCUCGGAUUGGAGUAAAUGGCUUGAACCCACUUUGUAUCAAUCAUAUUUUGUGUUCUUAUCACUGUGCCGUUUGGUACAGACUAAAUUGACUGGAUUAUAAUGAUUUUUGGUGACACUUGUUCUUUAAUGGGCAUACCAUUAAUAAACAUUGACUAGAAUGAGGCGGGAAAAAAAGCUUUUGUUUUCCUAUGAUCUUUUUUAAAGGGCCCCCUAACUUCGCUGAAUUUAAGGUUAUUGUGCCACAGUUUAACUUUAAUCUCCUCGUCAGUGCCAGUUUGCUCUGCCCACUCCAACAUCAGUUUUCUGAAACUCUUCAAAAUGGAACCCACAGACUGCUAGUGUCAGGGGUGCCGCUGCUUGGUUUAGAGUAUCAGCUUACACUGUAAGCCAAUCAGUACAGCACCCCAUUGCACAUGUUUUCAAGCCAACGUGAGGGAUAAAGUUAUGGUGCCUCCAGUGUUCCUUUAAGCUUGGAUAUAUUUAGCUUCAGCUUUUUGUGCAAUAGCAAAAGAUGUGUUUUAUGACCAGUAGCUAAACUGGUAAACCACAUCGAAUUCUCUUAUGCAAGCUUGUGUUAGCAAUGAUAUCCAGUCUAAAGUGUUAAUCGAUUUUUCAUUUCAGCCAGUAAGGAAAAUGUAUGCUUUUUCUCAGCAUCUUGAAAAGAUGUAUAUUUAUAUUCAUGAGUUCUUGUCGGCUGAACAGAUAGCGCUAUUUAUACAUAUUGCCCUCUUUCAUUUUAGAAUACCAGUAUUCUGCAAACUCUCCUUCCCACCAGCUGCCAUGGCAGCUAGUACAUUUCUGUAUCUGCUUAAAGUGUCCUUUUCCAUAGUAACCAAUGUGAGGGGGAACUAGAGUACAACAUUAUUAAUGGGACAAGAUUGGCAUCAAAACGUCUGCUUAAUGGCACAGUUUUAGUGUACAGAUCACCCCUCAGCAGUUACACUGCUCAGUUAUCUGCCAUUUGGAAGUUAAAUCACUUUUGUUUAUGAAGCCUUAACCAGGUACCUACAGAGUAUAACAGGCUAUUAACAGAGCAGGAGAUAAGAAGAAAUUCUAAAUUAAACUGUGUGCAAUAAAGUAAGGUUAAGCAUUAGAUGUCUCUUCACAGGAAAUGUUUGGGAAGGCUGUGCAAGUCACAUGCAGGUAGGAGUGACAAGGGUUGCAUAAACAAAAGGGUUUACUCCACAUAGCAGAGAAUUGAGCAGCUAGACUGCAGGUGCAUGAUAUGUACACUAAAACUGCAUUAUAAACUAAAAUUAGUGCCUUUAAUUACUACAGUAAUUUUGUUUUACUGUCAUCUUUACUCAUAAAGAGCAAAACUAAAGAAUUUAAAGUUGAAGGCUGAAGUAGCUGAACUGCAAGCAUAACUAAAUUGGAGACUUUUCCAGUUUGGUUAUAUUGACAUUAAAUUUGAAAUUCACCUUGAAUUUAAUUUGAAUUCUAACUUUAGUGAAUAACCCUGUGUUGCAUAAAUCAGCCCAACAGGGUGUUUAUAAGCUAAUUUAUAAAGCCAGAGGUGUAAACAUUAGAACGUCUGUUUUAAAAAAAUAAUAAUUUGCUUGCUGGCAUUCUUAUUGUUUUAAAUUAGCUUAGUGACUACUUUAACCCCUUAAGAACACAUGACAUGUGACAUGUCAUGAUUCCUUUUUAUUCCAGAAGUUUGGUCCUUAAGGGGUUAAAAAAAUGAUUUGCCAAAACAAAUUUAGCUUGCCUUCUAUUCCUACAUUACCUGUUUCCCUGUAUCAAAGUGGCCUCUAUACAGCACUGUGGGCGACUGGCAACUACACCUAACAGUUGGCUUUGAAUAGUUGCCUGGAACUUGAUGAAUAUGAAUUCCAAAUAUUAAAGAAACCAGCAAAAUAGCAUUAGGAACCAUUGUUUUAGACACUAAUAUGUUUACACUUUUUCUUAUAUAGUUAUCCCUGUUAAUGGAAUUUGCUGUUUUCUUUAUUUCUUUAGUGUGACAUGUCAAGCCAUUAUUCAUAACCUUUUCAUUUGUUUCAGGUCCGCUAUCGUGAACGUAUAACAAUCCUCCGAGGAAACCAUGAAAGUAGACAAAUAACACAAGUAUAUGGUUUUUAUGAUGAAUGCUUAAGAAAGUAUGGGAAUGCAAAUGUUUGGAAAUAUUUCACCGACCUGUUUGAUUAUCUUCCUUUAACUGCCUUAGUGGAUGGUCAGGUAUGUUUAGCCCUGCAAAGCUUAAGCAUUUGAACAUUGCAAGUUUACAAUCAAAAGUGAAUGUUUUGUUGAAAGUGGAAUUGGGACACUCCAGUUACUUGCCCAGACCUUUUACCAAAUUCUUUUAAAAUGUUUGAACUAUAAAAUUAAGAACUAUUUCUUGGUUUAGAGUUUCUGCAAAUUGUGUAAAUGCCAUGGUCUCCUUAAAGCUUAACUUUAAGGAGACCAUUCUGUUUAGAGACAUCGCUUAAUUUACAAAGCCCCACCUAUGGUGACAUUGCCUCUGGGAAGGGAAAUGGAAGUAUGUAAUGUUUAUAAACUUGGUCAGAUUGCAUUAUUUGGCAGACCUCUCAGCUAGGGGCAUUUGUUCAACCUCACCCUCCCUUUUACUCCCUUUUUAUAUAUAUGUGUGUGUGUACACACACACACACACACACACACACACACACACACACACACACACACACACACACACACACACACACACACACACACAAGGUGUAUUUUACUAUAUAUAUAUAUAUAUAUAUCUCAAAUUACACGUAGACUGAUACUGAUUAAAUAUAUAUAAUUAUUGUUAUAUAUAUAUUUAUAUAUAAUAUAAAAAUAAAUAUGUAAAUACGUUAAAUAAAAUUAAAAAAAUUAUUAAAAAAAUUAAAUAUAUAGAUGUGUUAUUUCGUUCUACCUGUAUUGUGAUAUUAAAAUACACGUAGAACGAAAAUAUAUAUCUACAUACAUAAAUAUAUACGUAUAUAUACCUAUAUAUAGAUAAAAAAAUUUGAAAAAAAUUAUAUAUAUACACAUAUAGAUUCACAUACAUAUAUUCUACAUAUAUAUUUAUGUAAUAUUUUUACAUAAUUAGGUAUCUUAAUUAAUUACAAUUAGCAGGACCUGCCUGACAAUUUAAUUUGCUAGCACUAUAUUUAACCCUAUAACUUUCCAAGACACCAUAAAGCCUGUACAUGGGGGGUAUUGUUCUACUCGGGAGACUUCGCUGAACACAAAUAUUAGUGUUUCAAAACAGUAAAAUGUAUUACAACGAUGAUAUCGCCAGUAAAAGUGCAGUUUUUUGCGUUUUUCAUUUCAUGGGGUAUGUCCAGUCUUUUUUAGUAGCCACUUAGUCACAAACCCUGCCAAAAUUGGCGUUUUUUUGCAUUUUUCACACAAACAAAUACGAACGCUAGCUUUGACCAGUGUUUGUGACCAAAUGGCUACUAAAAAAGACUGGACAUAUACCCCAUUUGCAAUACCUUGGGUUGUCUACUAUUGCAAAUGGUAUGCCAUUAUGGGUGUAAAUUUCAUUCCUGGGCUACUAUACAGUCUCAAAGGCAACGUAACCAAUCUGGCGAAUUUCAAUUUCAAAUGUAACAUGCUAUAUUUGACCCUGUAACUUCCCAAAAUGCAUAAAACCUGUACAUAGUGGGUACUGUUUUACACGUAAGACUUUGCUGAAUACAAAUAUGUGUAUUUUAUUGCAGUAAAAACAAACAGUAUUAUGACAUUGACAGUUAAAAUGUUAUGUAGAACUAAAAAAAUCUUAUUUUCUCCCAUUUUUUUCAUAUUAAAUUGUUUCAUAGCUAAAUAUUUGAUAUUAAAUGAAAGCCCUGUUUCCCCUGAAUAAAAUGAUAUAUAAUAAGGGUGGGUGCAUUUACUAUGAAAGAGGUGAAUUACGGUUGGACAGACAUGUAGCGCAAAUGCCAGGUUUUGUUUACAUUUUUUCGUUCACAACGUGUACAUUUGGCUCCGUCCUUAAGGGGUUAAACACGGCUGCAAUUUUUACUAAAAUUGCUUUGAAACUCACAACAGGAUGUUGGGCAUGUUAAUAGAUUGAGGAGGUACAUCUCAUGUGAUGCUUUAUGGAUCUGCCUGAAUGUGAAUUUGUCUAGAUAUUUUGUAGAUGACUAGUUCAUCCAAGUUGGUGAACUUUCCUUGGAAACAAGUACGUGUGACUUUCAUUACAUGUUGUCACACGAAGAUCAGUAGUCUUUGUUUUCUUAUAAAAAUCAAUUUCCAUCUUUUAUUUCCUAAUGUAAAUGCUUUUCUAUUUACAUACAUAACUAAAAUGACAAAGCAAAAAUACAUUUUGCAGAGUAAACAAUGUUUGUCAAAAUGCGGAGUGCUUAAAACUAUAUUCCUAAACCUAAUUGUCAUUUAAAUUUAUUUUAUUUUUUUGCAUAAUUAACCUUGGCUUCAUAUUGUUUUUGUUUUUGUCGUCUUUUUUGGGGCCCACAGGAUAAAAAGAUCUAUUUUUCUUUUUUUUUUAAGUUUGAACUCUGUGGACUUAACCUCUUAAUGACACUGAAUCCCUUUUUAUUUCUGAAGUUGUGUCCUUAAGGGGUUAAAGGGACACUAUGUUCUGGUGUCUAUUGUCUGUCCCUGUAGGCUUUUUAACCCCUUAAAACCGGAGGACGUACAAUUACGCCCUCUAAUAGGCGGCUCUAAACGCCGCCGGGCGUAAUUGUACGCCCUCCGGUUUUUGUUAACUUACCCGGUCGCCGGCGGUCCCACGCCGGCGAUCGCGGUUGGGGGGACUCCCAGGGAGCCCCCCGCGGCACGUCCGUCCUCGUCGAAGCCCCCCGGCCAUGUGAGAGUGGGGUUCUAGCGAGGACCCCACAAUCACAUGGCCGGGGAUAGCUGGCUUCUGUAUUGCCGGCAGGGGGGCUGCCUGUAAUGACAGGUGGUCCCCCUGCUGGCUGAAAAUAAAAUAAAAAUAAGUUAAUGGUGUAAAAAAAAAUACUUAUAUAUACUUAGAUCAUAUAUAUAUAUAUUAUAUAUAUAUAUAUAUGAUCUAAGUAUAUAUAUAUACACAUAUACAUACACACACAUACACCGUCUAGGUGUAUUUUACUAUUAAUAUAUAUAUAUAAUUAUAUAUAUAUAUUAAUAUCAAAUUACACGUAGACUGAUACUGAUUAAAUAUAUAUAUAAUUAUUGUUAUAUAUAUAUAUAUUUAUAUAUAAUAUAAAAAAAAUAAAAAUGUAAAUACGUUAAAAAAUAAAAUUUUAAAAAUAAUUAAAAAUAAAUAAUUAAAAAAUAUAUAGAUGUGUGUUAUUUCGUUCUAACUGUUUUGUGAAAUUAAUAUAUAUAUAUAUAUAUAUAUAUAUAUAUCUCAAAAUACACGUAGAACGAAAUAAUAUAUAUAUCUAUAUACAUAAAUAUAUACGUAUAUAUCACUAUAUAUAUAUACCUAUAUAUAAAUAAAAAUAUUUGUAAAAAAUUAUAUAGAUAUAUACAUAUAUAUACACAUACGUAUAUAUACAUAUAUUAAUUCUACAUAUAUAUUUAUGUAAUAUUUUUACAUAAUUAGGUAUCUUAAUUAAUUACAAUUAGCAGGACCUGCCUGACAACCCAUGCAGAAAGUAAAGGGAAUUUAAUUUGCUAGCACUAUAUUUAACCCUAUAACUUUCCGAGACACCAUAAAACCUGUACAUGGGGGGUACUGUUCUACUCGGGAGACUUCGCUGAACACAAAUAUUAGUGUUUCAAAAUAGUAAAAUGUAUUACAACGAUGAUAUCGCCAGUAAAAGUGACGUUUUUUGCAUUUUUCACGCACAAACAGCAUUACACGGACAAUAUUAUUGCUGUGAUAAUUUUUACUGUUUUGAAACACAAAUAUUUGUGUUCAGCGAAGUCUCCCGAGUACAACAGUACCCCUCAUGUACAGGUUUAUGGUGUUUUCAAAAGUUACAGCGUCAAAUAUAAGGCUUGCGUUUCAUUUUUUUCACAUUAAAAUUCGCCAGAUUGGUUACGGUGCCUUUGAGACCCUAUGGUAGCCCAAGAAUGAAAAUUACCCCUAUGAUGGCAUACCAUUUGCAAUAGUAGACAACCCAAGGUAUUACAAACGGGGUAUGUCCAGUCUUUUUUAGUAGCCACUUAGUCACAAACACUGGCCAAAAUUGGCAUUUUUUGCAUUUUUCACACAAACAGAUACGAACGCUAACUUUGGCCAGUGUUUGUGACCAAAUGGCUACUAAAAAAGACUGGACAUACCCCAUUUGCAAUACCUUGGGUUGUCUACUAUUGCAAAUGGUAUGCCAUUAUGGGUGUAAAUUUCAUUCCUGGGCUACUAUACAGUCUCAAAGGCAACGUAACCAAUCUGGCAAAUUUCAAUUUCAAAUGUAACGUGCUAUAUUUGACCCUGUAACUUCCCAAAACGCCAUAAAACCUGUACAUAGGGGGUACUGUCUUACACGUGAGACUUUACUGAAUAUAAAUAUGUGUAUUUUAUUGCAGUAAAAGCAAACAGUAUUAUGACAUUGACCGUUAAAAUGUCAUGUAGAACAAAAAAAACCAAAAAAAAACGUAUUUUCUCCCAUUUUUUCAUAUUAAAUUAUGUUUCAUAGCUAAAUAUUUGAUAUUAAAUGAAAGCCCUGUUUCCCCUGAAUAAAAUGAUAUAUAAUAAGGGUGGGUGCAUUUACUAUGAAAGAGGUGUAUUACGGUUGGACAGACAUGUAGCGCAAAUGCCAGGUUUUGUUUACAUUUUGUUUUGUUCACAAUGUGUACAUUUGGCUCCGUCCUUAAGGGGUUAAUGUGAGAGAAAAGGCACUGUUUACAUUGCUGGUUAGUAACACAUCUAGGGGCAGUUACUCCUACUGGCACUAGAGGUGCUAUCUGCGUUAUGUGCAUCACUGACAUUAAGCGUCUCCAAACCUUACAUGGAGGAUCUGAACAGUCUUCAUAGAGAUGCAUUAAUUCAAGAAGGCGCAGCAGGUAUAGACCACUGCGGCGUUGGAAAAAAGAUGCACAAAGACACCUUUUUAAAGGCGGCAGGGAAGAGGAAACCUAAACUGUGCAUUUAGACCCAUAGUGUCAGGAAUGCAAACACUUUAGUGUUUAAGUUUUUUCUUUUUUUUUAAAACUUGGCUUACUACGGAACUUCUGUAACUGGGUCUACAUGUUAUUGCUUCUAUCAAUACCUGAUAAGAUCAACAGAUCUCUUCCCAUGAUGAGGCAGCCACACCCACAACUAGCUCACCUUCAUAUGUCAUAAUUGCUUUAUUCGUGGCUGGUGCGCACAUAGCUCGGCCUGGCUGCAUUACUCAUUCUAAGGUUUAUUUUUGGAGCUAAUUUUGUAUAAUUCCUAAUCAUAGCUAAGCAUUAUAUAAGAAAUGUAAAAUCAUCAGUGUCCUGGUUUCUAGUCUCUGUAUCUAAAGGGAAACUAACAUUAGAAAUACAUAUUUGCUUCCCAGCAAAAUAGGUUUUGGGUCCCAAUUUUAAAAUUAAAAUAAGAUUUACCCACCUUUAUUCAUCAUCCCAGACACCCCUCCAUAGAGGAGCCCUGAGGGGGUGCCAUUGUGCACUUAUGCUUAUCUCUGCACUGUGCCAAUAAGCGACUUCUCAUAAAGAUAAAUUAAACAAAUGUAUCUAUAUGGGGAGGUUAAUUGACAUCAUGCUGGGGAUGGGACGCAGCAUGCUAGCCCUACUUGCGUUGCCAGAAUAUAAUGGGGAAGUGCCUCUAGUGACUGGACUGACAGCCACUGGAGGCAUUUUUAUGCUUUUUGGGGGGGCGGGGCGCUGUUUUGAUGUUUAGUGUCCUGUGGAUGCUGUCAGAAAUGGCUGCAGGACACCUUUUAGAAACUACAGCAUAUUGCCAUAAAUGGUGAUAUAGUGUCUGCCACCAAAAUGAUGAAGAAAGUAAAGAUGAUCGAUCACUUUGUGAUCAUGUCUUCACUAUGUAAAUAUGCAGUAAUCCUGGUACAAUACUCCAUAUUUCAUAGACCUCCGUAAUGGCAAACCUGCCCGCACAAAUUACAAACUUCCCAUACACUAAAGAAAAACUGACAAUUUUUUAAAGGCUUAUUUUAUGUAUUGUAUACCUUCAUUGCACGAUUUUAUAUUCACUUUAUCUACCUGUUGUAAAGUAUAUGAAUUGUCUUAUGUUCAACAGAUUUUCUGUCUCCAUGGAGGACUUUCUCCUUCAAUUGAUACACUGGAUCAUAUCCGUGCACUUGAUCGUCUGCAAGAAGUUCCACAUGAGGUAAUUUUGGCUUAAAAAAGCACAGAGCAGAAUUUUUCUACUUUGCUAGUUGUAACUAAAGAAAAGAUGUGUUGGAGUUUCAGGAUAUGUCAAUCUUCCUUAGAAAGGUAAAAAAAUGUUUUAUCCAAUAUGAACACUACUGGUUUAAAUAGUUUUUGGUCUCAGUGCCAGGCAAAGCAUCACACAGAUAAUUGUUAAAACAAUUUUAAGCUUUGUAAGCUAAUUUAAAAAGUUGUGUAGACUUUAGAAUUUAUUUAAUAAUGGAAUGUCAAUAACCUUUCAACCAGUAUGAACACUGUUUAAAUGUUUGUAUAUAAAGACUUUUCCAACUUAAAAAAAUCAUCAGAGAAUCGUUUAAACUAGUUAAUGAAAAGAAGAGUUGAGCCUAAUAUAUAGAAAAGAAAAAUACACUUAAGGUAUAGAAAAUAGGUUAUUACCCCUAAAUGGUGAACUUCAAGUUGUAAAAUAAAAAAAGGAAAUUUAAAUAAACCAAUAAGUGUAUCUUCUAAAUGAGAGGAUUGGAUAGUAAAAUAAGUAAAACUUACUUUUUAACCUUAAAAUAUAGUACGCUGAAUAUAUUUCUCCCUGUAUAGAGUACUUAUAAAUUAAGCAAAAAGUAACAUAGAAAUAGUUUAACUGUAACUAUUGUUGUUGAAUAUCACUGGUGCCAAUGUGGAGCAGCUAUGAGGGAGUGGAGAACCGGGAGAAAGUGAGUGACCCGGUUUCUUCUGAUAUAGGAAACUAGUUUGCCUACGAGGGCACCCUUUAUCAAUUAUACUCUCACACUAAGCCACCCACAUUACCGAAAAGAUGUAUUUUAUCUAAUCUUACAUUUUAACCCUAAAAUACAAUAAAAGUUAAGUUUUACUUAUCUUUCCAUCUAAUUCCCUCAUAUUAGGAAGAUACUUAUUGGUUUAUUUAAUUUUUCUUAUUUUUCAACUUGAAAUAGUUUGAACUAUUUUAAUCUGCUAGACUAGUACCCUUGUUGCUUUUCAAAAAACAAAACAAAAAAAACUAAGACUGUUUUUGGUAACUUGCAUCCUUGACCAUGUUUUGUCAAAAGUUGACCAUUUUAAGUUAAUAGAAAAUUGUUUUUAUGUUAUGUUUAGGGGCCAAUGUGUGAUCUACUGUGGUCAGAUCCAGAUGACCGUGGUGGAUGGGGCAUUUCUCCUCGAGGUGCUGGAUACACUUUUGGUCAGGACAUAUCUGAAACAUUCAACCAUGCCAAUGGCCUUACUUUGGUUUCUAGAGCCCAUCAACUGGUGAUGGAGGUAAGUGAAGUUUUUAAGGAGUUUGUGAUUGUAAUCCUUAAACCUUGUACAACAGGCAAAUGUUUUCUGAAUAAACUGUGUUUAAAAUUAUAUUCAGAAGGCAGUCUCAAUUGUUAUUGAAAAAUGUUUGUGGGAAUGUAAUCAGUCAUGGUUACGUUGGGGGUAGAUUCUUGAGGUAUUCACACCUCAAUACAUAUUGCUUUCUGUGUGAUAAGUGUUAAAGGAAUCCACCAGUCAUAGUAUUAUAUACUUUAUCUUUUUUUCUUUCUACGAAUCCUGUUGGUUUUAAUUGAGGGAAGAUUUGUGUGACUGGUACUUUGCACAACUGACAUUUUCAAUCUGUUAUUUCAGGGUUACAAUUGGUGCCAUGAUCGGAAUGUAGUCACAAUUUUUAGUGCUCCAAAUUACUGUUAUCGUUGUGGUAACCAGGCUGCAAUAAUGGAACUUGAUGAUACUCUUAAAUAUUCCUUGUAAGUAUAAACAACUAUUUGUAAUUGUAUUAAGCAUGUUAAUGCUUCACAUGCAUCUGGGAAUAUAAGCAAAUUUAUUCUAAACAUAGCUUUUCUGUUGUAUUUUCAAAUGGUUUAGUUUUAUAUUGUUUGUUUGGGGGGAGGUUUGUGUGUUCUGGCAAAAAAGGCCAGAUUUCAAUAGAAAAUUGCACCUUGAUAGCGUAAUCUUGUUGUCAGAAAACCAACUGGUUCUGUACUGUAGCUAAACUCAAAAGGCAGGCAAUUGCAUAUUUUGCAGGCUGUUUUAGCUAAUCCCACAAUGGAAAAAAAAACAUGCUUACUUAAAAGCAUAAAUGUUUUAAUUGGGGGAAUAUCAACUAAAUGGGGGUAUUUUAUUUGGGCAGUGGAGUGUUUCUUUAACAAGGAUUUGCUGGCUGAUACUUUGCAAACAGUGUGUCAUUAAAACUAGUGGCAUCUUCCCUAAACAGAUAUUGUGCCUAUGACAUUUUGCUUCAAAUGUGUCAAAUCUGUAGAGCUUCCUGCUGUGCUGUGUGAUCUUGGUUUCACCUCACACUGUAGUGGUUAUGGUGUGAGGCAUGCCUGCUGGCACAUUAAUUGUGAAGCGCUGAACCAUGUGUUAUUAACCGAAGCCAUGCUCCAGCUGGGCUUAGGUCAUUGACAUUCCUGCUGUCACUAAGCAGUAGUGGAGGCAAGCAGUAUACCCUCUGUAAGAAGUUAAGCAGCGGAGGGACUAUUUGCAGAAUGGUAGUGCUGGCAUCAUAACCACCACAGAGUGCUCAAAACGGAGUAUUGCAUGCCUUUAUUACCUCCAUUGGCAGAAUAGUUCAAGUUUAACUUGUAAUUGGCACUAUGAGACCAUCUGAUAGAAAAAUAGCAGUGUUUUAUAGCCAUGAUAGGCAAUUAAAUCCUACAAUGUAAGCAUUUCUGCUCCUGCAGAACUGCAGUGUUUGCUUGGUCAAAAGGGACAUUGCACAUAGACCACUUCAUCUCAAUGUAGUGGUCUGGGUGCUUAUAGCUUCCCUUUAAAGGGGCACUCUUAAGCACCAUAAUAAUCCAGUAUUCACAGUCCAGCCUUGCUGUUCAAGCAAUGUGUGAUCUGUCUGACAGAGCUCUGUUUUUGCUUGCUCCAUUACCAAAAAGCUUCUUGAUUCUGAACUGUAGCCGUUAGUGUUUAGAGUGAACCUUUGAGCAGCUUUUUAUAAAACUGUAUACUGUGGUAGACCUGGUGAACUCAUACUUUAAAAAUGCUGGCUUUCUCAAUCAUAAGUUAUAAUAGCAUGAUGUUUGCUAUAGUAUGUCUAAAUGCAAGAUGAUGAAACUGUAGUUCUCAAAUUAUUUGCUAAAAUUGAGCAAACUAGAAAAGUAUGCUUUUGCAUUCUUAGCCAAGCAUUCUCUAAUAAUUGAUGUUUGUAUCAUUUUUAUUUUCAGCUUGCAGUUUGACCCUGCCCCACGUAGAGGAGAACCACAUGUGACCCGUCGUACACCUGAUUACUUCCUGUAAAAAUAAUUUUACACUUGUACAGUAUUGCCACAAGCAGGAUUUUGACCUGAAACUGGGAAGAGCAACAGUAACUUCAGAGUCAGAGCGUUGUCCCAUAUACGUACUGUUAUCAAAUGGACCAAAAGACGUGCCAUAUGAAAAAAAUCUAAGCCUCUCAUCUCAACAGCCGUGACCACAUUAGAAAGACCCUGUCCAUUGCAUGCUGAAGUGACAUUUUCAAAGAAAUUCCCAGAUUUCUGGCAUAGCACUACUUGUAGUUCCUUUUGCUUUCUCGGAGAGACUGCAAAAAAACUUUAAGAUAUAAACAUUAACAAUUCAUAAUUUCACUUAACUUUCCAUUUAGUGAUAGCUUUACUCGGCAUGAUUGUAGAAAGUUUGAAAAUUAAACCCUCCAGUGCCACAGGAUGAUCCACGCCAGUUUUGUGGUCUCUUGGGGUAUGAAGGGAUUAAAGGACCUUUUUAAAGAAUAAGUAUCAUGGCCUCUGCAGACCUUUGUGACUUCAGAAAUGUUUAUUUUCAGGGAAUACAGUUUAAUUUAAGUUUUGGUUUUUAUAUAUAUUUCUCUUUAACCCCAUUCCACCCUUUCCUGCCUCUCAGUUGGUCUAUAUUCUAGAUGGUUUGAAGUUUCCUGUAAGACGCUGCUACAGCUCAUUGCUGUAGUGUUUGCUUUUUUUUUUCCUUUCUUAAUAAACUUGUGAACGAAGUCCUUAGAAAUGUGAAACUUUUAAUUUUUCACAUCUGCUCUUGAAAGCUAAAAUUACAUGGUUAGUGGAACUGUAUAAAUACUCCAGAAAAUCAAUAAAGAUGUGAGACCAUUCAUCAAACUGGUUGAUUACACACUUGCUGCAUCUGACUCCUGCAGUAACAAGUUAUGUAACCUUUAUUUUUAGUUUCAGUCAUUUCUACAUUUUCCUGAAAAUUGUGUUAAACUGGAAUAUGAUAAUUUUGAGUGUAAAGUCAGUCACUCACUGACAUCUUUAACACAGCUUGACAGCCAGUUAAUUUGUCAGCCAUUUGCUAUAAGUGUAUGUGACACGCAACACUGAAAGUUAAUGGGAAUUAAAGGCUUGACAAGUAGAGGAGCACUGCAAGCUGAAAUUGACUUGUUCUUUUGCUAAUGUAGUCUAUAGAUAAUGCAUGUACAAAUGAUUCAAUAACCAAUGCAACACAAUAAAACAAAUACUCUCACUUGAAUUGCAACACUUGCAAGAAAUUCCCCACACUUAGAUCAACC